AUGCGCCAAUGCCUGAAUCAUAAACAAUUAAGUCAAGAUGCGGUAGAGGAGCAUAUCCACAUCAAUGGUAUUUCUAGAUGCUAUACUAGGUGGAUUCACCAUGGAGAGGAAGAUAAUGAUGAUGGACAAACUGAUGGCACAAUCGCUGUUGGUACUGAAGGUAUAUCAUGGGAUGGAAAUGACCAGCCUCCAAUUGAUGAUGAAGGACAAGCUAAAGAUGUCAUAGAAGACAGUGCACGGGGAGUUCAGGGGUUGAUUCAAGAUUUGUACACCGUAGCAAGCCAUGGCUUCAGUGGUAACUUGUAUCAAGAAAUCAUGGAAGAUGCAAAGCGUGAACUUUAUCCAGGUUGCACCGAGGAGUCUAGGUUGACUUUCAUUAUUAAACUGCUGCAUAUAAAGGUGUACAAUACGAUGACAAAUUCUGGGUUCAAUGCAUUCCUUGAGUUGCUUUCAACAUCGUUGAAGAAUGUUACCGGCCUCCCUAAAUCCUAUAAUGAAACUAAAUCUCUACUUCGGAAACUUGGUUUUGGUUAUGUUGCUAUUCAUGUGUGCAAAUAUGAUUGUGCCUUAUUCUGGAAGGACCAUGAAAAUGAUGAUCAUUGCCUAGUUUGUGGUGAAUCCAGAUGGAAAGUGAAUAAGGAGGGUAGAAAGAAAGUUCCUCACAAGGUGCUGCAUUACUUUCCAAUAAUUCCAUGCCUUCAAAGGCUUUUUAUCUCAAAGCAGCGGGCACAGUAUGCAAGAUGGCACAAGGAUAGGAGGGUACCAAUUGAAAAUGAAAUGAGACAUCCUAUUGAUGGAGAAACUUGGAAAGAAUUUGAUGAUACUUUCAAGUCUUUUGCAGAUGAUCCCCGCAGUUUGAGGUUAGCCAUUGCUACUGAUGGAUUUAACCCAUUUGGUCAGAUGACCAAUUCAUAUAGCAUUUAG